AUGCCGCCUAUGACACCGAUGCCGCGUUAUUAUGCCAAUAAAGGCUCAUCAAUCGAUUUUGACGCUCUUUUGGAAGGCAUCAAGGAUGUGAAAAUAAAUAAACAUUCAAUCCGUUCCGUGGCUGAUCGAAUGGGAAUCAGUCAUAAUACCUUGACGCGCUACGUCAAAAUUUUGGAUGAAGCGAAUUUGGAUGUUUCAAGUGUUGACGACAAAGUAUUGGUGGAAUUUCUCGCUGGCAAUGCUACACCGGGUAAAAAACCAAUAUUCACUGCGGCGCAAGAAAAGGCAUUGAUGAAUUACUUGAUUACUGCUAGCAAUGUUUAUUAUGGUUUGAGCAUUGCAGAGCUCAAAAGAUUGGCAUACCAAUUUGCCAAACUGAUCGAAGCUAAAUAUCCAGCGGCGUGGGAUGAAAAUAAACAAGCCAGCAGUGAUUGGUAUUAUGCAUUCAUGAAUCGCCACAAGAAUCUAUCGUUGCGUACACCUGAACAGACGAGUAUAAAUCGUGCAAAAUCAUUCAAUAAAGAAAACGUUGACGCAUUUUAUAAAAAUUUGAGCACGGUUAUGUCGGCCAACAAUUAUGAACCACAUCGAAUUUGGAACAUGGACGAAGCUGGGUUUCCAACUGUACCGCAUAAGACUGUUAAAACGGUAGCACAAAAAGGAAAAAAACGUGUUGGAACAGCAACAUCUGCUGAAAGAGGCACGAAUGUCUCUAUGGCUUUGUCGAUUAGCGCCAGUGGUCAAACAAUUCCAGCAUUCUAUCUCUUUCCGAGAAAGAAGAUGAGCGCAACAUACAUGACACAUGCAAGUAGUGAUGCAGUUGGUUUUGCGAACGGCAGCGGAUACAUGACAUCUGCAGAAUUCAACACGUACAUGGAUCAUUUCAUUAAGUUUUCUGGUGCUCAAAAAGGUUCGCCAACGCUCUUGCUGCUCGACAACCAUACUUCACAUUUGUCUGUCGAAGCAAUCGAUAAAGCCAUCAAGCAUGACAUUACAAUGUUGUCAUUUCCCCCACACUGCACUCAUCGCAUGCAGCCGUUGGAUGUUAGCGUUUUUGGUCCAAUGAAGAUCAUGUACACAAAAAAGUGUCAGGAAUGGAAGAAUUCGAAUGCAACGGUUGCCUUUGACCUACACCACGUCCCUCUUAUCGCUGAUCAAUGCUUGGACUUAUGCGCUACCCGAAAAAACAUCAAAAGUGCUUUUCAAACAACAGGCGUAUAUCCACUCAAUAGUAACACGUUCACCGAAGUGGAUUUUCUUGCUGCUAAAUUUAGUGGUGAAAGCCAAUCAUUCGAAGAGGAAGAAAACGAUGUAGAUGAAGAAGAUCGUCGUCGAAUUGUGGUUUUAUCUGCAGAAAAUGUCGGAGCACAUGAAGAAGUGUCAACUUCGGAAGCUUCGGAAGUGGCAAGUACAUCGGGAACCACAUCCAUGGGCACCAUAUCUGCUGCAGAUCUUCGUGACGCAUUAAACGCAGUUGGACCAGUUAAGAAAGGUACACCAGCUAAAAAAUCAAAUCGGGGCCCAAAACCAAUGACGACAGCCAUUUUAACAUCGCCUGAAGUUGUUGAAAAAUUACAAAAGAAAGCUGAUACCAAGC